UUGGAAUGCAGCAAAGCAAGAUCGUACCUCUAUGGAUAGUAGUAUUACAUUUGAAGAUGUUGCUGUUGAAUCAGUCAGUUUUCACAUCUUGGACGACGAUAAGAGCAAAUCCAGUGUUGUGGACCAGAACCAGGAUUUCGAAUCUACAAGAGAGACCGUCGAUGACUACAUCAGUUUGAGUGCCGAUUCAGAAGCAAGAUCUACUAUAGGAUCAGAAUCUGAGACAUAUAUGUUUCUGACUGAUGUUAUUAUCUCAAUAGAGGAACUGUAUGAAUACGACAAUGAUCAGAACAUACGGAGAAGAACGAGUUGGUCUGAGCUCAAUGAAACUUUAGGGUUGCAGGAUGACCUCCCGAGUAAAGAACUCGUAGAUAAACUUACCCACAUGUUCCAAAUCAGCUCUAAAAGAGAAAGGGUGGAGGUGCUAUCACGUGUUAUCCCUUCUAUGACAAGAGAUGAAAGAUAAA